GUUAUAAUCGGAUUUUCAACGGGUUUUCUCAUUUUCGUUUGAGUUUUCAAGUGACAAGAGGUAUAAAUGUCUUCUCUGUUAAUUUAAUUAAUUAAUUAAGUUUUUUGUGAUAUAUUAAGCUUAAAUUAAGUUAAUAAGCAUGGAAUUAUCGUCGGAUGAUCCAUUUAUGUCGGAAAAUUUCGAUGUACUUUUUGAAAAUAAUUUAAAUCUUACGAAUUAUGGUUUAUCAGACGAUGAGGAUCAAUUGGACUUAAAAUACUUUGAGGAGCUGCUUUUCAACGAUGAUAAGGUUUUUAAUCAAUUUACGGAGCUUAAUGAAAAUGUUUCGAGCGCAAUUUUAAUUGCGACUCGCAAAUCCGAAAGAGUCAAUUUCGUUCAAUGCACUUACUGCGAUGAUGUCUUUACGACUGAUUCGUUUGAGCUUCACGUAUGCAAAUAUAACGAAGAUAAAACAUUAAUUGAAGAAUUCGUACAGGAACAACCAGUUGAAAGUGAUUUCGAAAAAGUCCAACGACAUGCAAGCUUAAUAUUAGAUCAGAAUAAUAAAUUGUUACAAAAGAUAUUACAUGGAUUCUCUGCAACUGCUGGACAGUCCAAAGAAAAAAAAGCAAAACAAUCGAAUCACGAAUGCUUUAUGUGCAAUCGUAAGUUUGUUCAUGAAUCGGGAUUAUAUCGUCAUUAUGAUAAGCAUAUUGGAGAGAUUUUAACUCAAUCGCAUCCAGCAAAUGCCUUACAUUCAGUCACACUGUGCAUCUUUUGCGGCGAAGUCUUGAUAACAGAACAAAAAGUCUGGAAGCAUUUAUUUGAUAAUCAUUUGACGACAUUGGACAAUUUACAUCAAACAUUCAGCUGUGCUGAAUCUCGACAAUGCUCCAAGGAAAAUGAUGGCGAGCCGCCAAAGAAGAAGUUAAAAUUGAGCCCAGAAGAGACUGGAAUUGCCAAAGAUUCAAAGAAUGAAGUUCCAGUUAAAGAUUUCGUUCGAAUGAUUUAUGUUUCUAAGCUUUAUCAUUGCGAGUUUUGUGAUUCUGUUUUUGCAAACGAAAAAUCAUUGCUACAUCAUAUAUCAAAGCAUGAGCCCUCAUGUUAUUUCAGCUGUCAGACAUGUGAUUUGAAAAUGUUAUCGUUUAAAGACAUUUUGAUCCACAGACAUGAAGAAUGCUGGAAUUAUCGUGAUUAUCGUGACUCGAUGAAACAUAUUCCAUGCUUAUGGAUCUGUAAUGUUUGUGAUGAAAGAUUUGGCGGCAUUGAACAAUUAAUCCUUCAUCGUCAUAAAUCCUUUCAUUUCUAUCCUCGAAUGGAUCAUCGUACAAAUCAAUUACUUUUUGUCUGUGAAUUUUGCAUGACAACGUACGAUAAUGCAGCAGCACUAGUCACACAUUUACAGGAAAAACAUUUGAGUAAAAUGAGGGAAACGGCAGUGCCUGAAACAUCAGUUCGUACACAAAAUUCACCGAAUGCUGUGCGUAAAGGCGGUGGUCAUCAAACGUCAACACGACCUCGUCAAUAUUUAUGUGAAGUUUGUGGAAAAUCAUAUACACAAUCAUCUCAUUUGUGGCAACAUCUACGUUUUCAUCAAGGCAUCAAGCCUUUUGUUUGUCCACAUGAAGGAUGUGGUCGACGUUUCACAAUACGUCCUGAUUUAAAUGAUCAUAUACGAAAAUGUCAUACUGGCGAACGUCCUUUCUUAUGCACAAUAUGUGGCAAGCGAUUCUUAACAGGAUCAGUUUACUAUCAGCACCGUUUAAUUCAUCGUGGGGAGCGUCGAUAUGGCUGUGAAGAUUGUGGAAAGCGCUUUUAUCGUGCUGAUGCAUUGAAAAAUCAUGAGCGAAUUCAUACAGGAGAGCGUCCUUAUGCUUGUCAUGUUGAAAAUUGUAAUAAAGCUUUUCGUCAACGUGGUGACAGAGAUAAGCAUGUCAAGGCACGCCAUAAAGAUGCUCUACCUUCUUCUUCGCCAAAACGACAAAAGAUUCAAUCAUUUGGACGUGGACAUACUAAAAAUAACACAAGCUUAUACUGUGCAAAGCCCCCAGAAAGCUCAACAAUAUCAUAAGUUAUUUCCUUUUUUUCGUGCUUAAAGCAAUCGUUUUUUGAAUGCUAUCAGUUUUUAUUAUAAUAUUUAUACACUUAUUGAUUAUUUCUCACUGUCAAGAGCUUUGUUUACUGUCUGUUACAGAUAUGAUUAUUAUGUAUUUAUAUCCAGCUCAUUAUUUAUCACUUUUGUUUGUUAAUUGCCAUUUUUUAUGAGCUAGGAUUUCGUCUUUAUUGACUAAAACAAAAAAAAAUAUAAUUUAAUUCUAGACUUUUUUACUUCCAGCCAUUCUGCGAUUAACGAUAGAAUCAUGAUA